AUGGCGGAGCUGGCGGCAGCGACUGAAGUUUACCCUCCACCGCGGACGAUACAGGUCUGGAGAACGCUAUUGAACUGGCUUGCUUUCUUCUUCCAGAUCUUCUGUCAGAUCCUCAGAGGCACCCCACAGGUCCUCUCUUAUGUUGGCCUACGCCAUAGUUCCUUCCUCUCUUCGAAUCCUCAAGCGCCUCCGCAGUUCAAGCCUUUGCCUGUAGUUGAGUUGUCUGAGUUUGAAGAAGAAUCCCAAGUGACUCCGUCUACACCUCCCGCCGCUGUCCCAAUUGCCGGGGUUGGAGCUUCAGUAACAGAUGCUCCGCCUUUUGAGAAGCUAAAGGUGGUUCUUGACUUGGACGAAACUCUGGUAUGUGCAUAUGAGACAUUGAGUUUGCCUGCUAUAAUACGUUCUCAAGCAACAGAAGCUGGUUUGAAAUGGUUUGAACUGGAAUGCAUCUCUUCUGACAAGGAUGUUGAAGGCAAACCUAAGAUCAACUAUGUGACAGUGUUUGAACGUCCUGGACUGAAAGAAUUUCUAAAACAUCUUAGUGAAUUUGCAGAUCUUGUCUUAUUUACUGCUGGACUUGAAGGAUAUGCUAGACCUCUCGUUGACAGAAUAGAUAUUGAAAAUCUAUUCACCCAUAGACUUUAUCGGCCUUCGACAAUUAGUACUGAAUAUCGUGAGCAUGUGAAAGACCUUUCAUGCAUAUCAAAGGAUCUAUGCCGAGUUGUUAUUGUUGACAACAACCCAUUCAGCUUCUUGUUGCAACCAUUGAAUGGAAUUCCAUGCAUUCCAUUUUCUGCUGGACAACAACGCGAUGAACAGCUUUUGGAAGUCAUCCUUCCACUUCUCAAGCAUCUUUCUCAGCAAAAGGAUGUAAGACCCAUUCUGUAUGAAAGAUUCCAUAUGCCGGAGUGGUUUCAAAAGCAUGGUAUCCCUGCUUCGAGAUGGACAACCGUAGGAUAA